UGCUUUACGUUCCAAUAUAAUUUCAGUCUCAUCUACAAGCUAAGCUGAGUGUCAUGGAGCCUGUCGAUGAUCUGGAAUCGAGACAGCAAGCUCUAGAGCCUAUUCAAACAAAGAGGUCCGCAGCAAGAGAAGUAGAAGGAAAUGGCGAAAAACCUGAGGAUAUAGAAGAAUUAUUAUUAGAAGAAGAAGAAGCUCUGAGUCCAGUUGCUCGAAUUUUUCAUGAACCUUGCUUGAAUGUCUAUGUCUUAGCCAUUUCUGGGUUCAAAACCAGAAUCGAUGUUGAUGUUGUCAAAGCCAAUUUGGGACACACUCUACUUAAGCACCCUCGUUUCUCUAGCUUGCAGGUAAAGGACGUGAGAAAAGGAGAGAUGAAAUGGGUUCAUACAAAGGUGGACAGCUUGGACAAGCAUGUGAUAGUACCAAGACUCCACCACACCAUUGAUUCACCAGACAAGACUGUGGAAGACUACAUCUCCAAUCUCAGUAAAACCUCCAUAGACUUCUCUAAGCCUCUUUGGGAGCUUCAUAUUCUCAACAUCAAGACCUCGGAUGCCGAGUCUAUCGUUGUUCUCCGAAUCCACCACUCCCUGGGUGACGGCAUGUCCCUCAUGUCUCUUGUCCUCGCUUGCACCCGUCAAAUCUCAAACCCGGAGGCUCUCCCAACUUUGCCACUAAAGAAGACCUCGAAUCCUGAUCCGGUAAACUCUGGCAGGAUUUGGUGGACAAUUCAACUGAUUUGGAAUACUAUUAUAGAUGUUUUGAUGUUUGUGGCCACAACGCUCUUCCUGAAGGAUACCAAGACGCCACUCAACAGUGGCCGGAAAAAGGGAGGUGUGGUUGGGCCAAGGAGGUUUGUUUAUCGAACCGUUAGCCUUGAUAUUAAACUAAUCAAGAAUGGGAUGAAAACUACUAUUAACGAUGUUGUAAUGGGAGUGUCACUGGCUGGUCUUUCUCGAUAUCUCAAUAGAAGAUAUGGUGAGGCCAAGGAAGAUAAAGGAGCCACAGAAAAGAAAAAUAAUCUUCCUAAGAAUAUUCGCCUUAGGGCAACUCUUAUCAUGAAUGUAAGACCAUCAUCAGGGAUCCAUGGUUUAGCUGAGAUGAUGGAGAAGGGGUCCAAAGCGAAAUGGGGAACUAAGAUUGGAUUUGUGCUCCUCCCCUUCAACAUUGCCUUACAGGAUGACCCUUUAGAUUAUGUUCGCCAAAUAAAAGCUGCAAUCGAUCGAAAGAAGCAUUCUCAUGAAGCUAUGCUCACAUUUUUUAUUAUUAAGAUGGUUCUCAAAUUAUUUGGCACUAAGGUAUGAAUUUCCUUAUCAUUAAUAGUG